GACUACUUUUCGACCUUUCUCAACCACUUCUCCUCAACCUCGACUGUAGAAAACGAUAAUUUUCGUCGAGCAAAAAGCACCCCGAUCUUCCCAGUGUUUUUGCGAACCAUUUGCCAUAUCGGAGUGAUACUUCUCAAAUGCCUGUUUGCCGACUUGAUCCGCAUGAUAAUCCCCCUCGCCUGCUACUUGCGACGCGCUGAUUAGGGCCACCUUAUCACCAUAUUAUUCACUCUAUAAAUCAUCCGAAUACCCGAGGAACGAUGGCGCCUAGCCCGAGGACACCAAGGCAAUCUGCCCUCUCACGCCCGCGCGGCCGACCGAAAGGUUCUAUUAACACUGUGCGACGCGUCCGAGACGGCAGCAUCGUAGCCGCCACUGAGCCGCCCUCGAAGCGACGACGAUAUACGACUAAUGGUCCUGGAAGUGCCAGUCGAUUCGCUGAUCAGGCAGGCAACGAAAAUGGUGAUUCAGCCAUCGCGACGACUAGCCGCUCGAGAGCGCGCCACAGUUCUCAGAACGGUGCGGCAUCCCCCGCUAUCUACCCCAGGCGCGAACGAAGCACCCGAACCCGGCACACAACCCGAAUUCAGCCAGACGACGAGAUGCAGAUUAGUUCUGCAGCCGCAGUAGCUGCCGUCGUACAGAGCGAGGGAUACAAACCCAGAGAAGAGCGCGGGUGGGAAGAAUUCCACCCGAACCUUGAUAUAGAUGGCACUUUCAUGAUGUUUCAUGCCGAAGAUGUCGAUGGAACCGCCAAGCCAGUUCCAGAGACACCAUCAGCUAAGAUAACUGGCAUGGAUAAUAACGAUGUUGGUACUCCGUCGAAGGAUCCCAAUGCCGCGGCUGCUUCUCUCUUGAGUGCACCCAAUGCCACGGUCAACACUGCUGUAACUCCAAGUGCCCCAUCUACAACUCCAAGACGACGUGGUGGUCGACUACCACGAGGAGAGUCCCUAUACGCCAUCCGUGGGGAUCAACAGAUUCCCCCAAAUACACCAACCCCGCUUCCCAUCCACGGUCAGAAUAACAAGGAGAAACUCGAUCUUAAGCAGCCGUCGUAUCGGAAAACGGACCGCAUAUUGCUUUUUGAGAGCAAGACGUUCGGUCAGGCUCGAUAUGUCGACAAGGCAAUGAUGAAUGUCGGAUACCAAGAGAGCGAUAACUUCAUUCGACCGGAUAGGAAAUUGAUCAAGGCGAGUGAUGCAAACAUCGAAGAUGAAGCGGAUCAGGCCGCUAUUGUCAAAAUCGAUGCGGAGCCGAUGCCUCAGCCAACUAACAGUUUAGGCCGCGUCGAAUAUGACAUGGAUGAACAAGAUGAUAUGUGGCUAGAGGCGUAUAAUACGCAUAGAAAGUCGCAGGGCUGGAAUCCGGUCACUCGUGAGGUUUUCGAGAUCACCAUCACGAAGAUUGAGAAGGAGUGGCACGCGUUGGAAAAGAGAAUUCCAAAGCCCAAUCCAAAACCGCCACAGACUCAUCGACCUCGAUCUAGUUCAGCUGCGGCUGUUAAUGGCGAGCCGCAAGCGGGCGAAGAACAGGAUAGCAAGUGCGCAAUUUGCGACGAUGGAGAUUGCGAGAACACGAACGCAAUUGUGUUUUGUGACGGAUGUGAUCUUGCGGUCCACCAAGAGUGCUAUGGAGUUCCAUUUAUUCCGGAGGGUCAAUGGCUUUGUCGGAAGUGCCAGCUUAUUGGCCGUGGUAUCCCGACUUGCAUUUUCUGCCCCAACUCUGAUGGUGCUUUCAAACAGACGAAUUCCUCGAAAUGGGCACAUUUGCUCUGCGCCAUGUGGAUUCCAGAGGUGACAUUGGGCAACCACACCUUUAUGGAGCCGGUCAUGGACGUGGAUAAGGUCCCGAAGAGCCGCUGGAAGUUAACCUGUUACAUCUGCAACCAGCAGAUGGGUGCCUGCAUACAAUGUGGUAACAAAGUAUGCUAUCAGGCCUUCCAUGUGACAUGUGCCCGACGAGCCCGUCUGUUCCUGAAAAUGAAGAAUAGCUCGGGAGCUUUGGAUGUUCUUGAUGGGAGCACGAAUCUGAAAGCGCUUUGCGAUAAACAUUGUCCUUCCGAAUAUGCCAAGGAAAACGACGUAGUUCGGGCUACUAAGAGGGCCAAGAAGUUCUACAAGAAGACGAUGAAGGAUCGCAUAUGGGCUAAUAGUCAGGCCAAAGCCAUGACUAUUGCGGCGUCGCACCGGAAUGCGAUAACUGAACAUCCACCGGACGAAUCCCAAAUGACCGGGGCUAAACUUUCAGCCGUCCUUGGGGAUAAGAAAGGACAGGCUGGAAAAUCAAUAUGGAAGCUACCGUCCGGAGCUCCUGUGAUACCCCAGGCCGUUUUCGAGAAUGUUGAAGCUUCUCUGCAGCGCUUCAACUUCCUUAAGCGUAAGGAAUUCGCGAGCGAUGCUUGUCGCUAUUGGACGUUGAAGCGUGAGAUGCGUCGUGGUGCUGCACUACUCAAGCGCUUACAGCUGCAAAUGGAAUCAUUUUCUUCUAUGGAGCUCACUCGACGUAACUUCGCAGCCAUGGGUCCUUCCGGUAAGGCUCGGCUGUCAAGACGAAUCGAAUUUGCACAUACCCUCAUCGAGGAUCUAGAGCAGCUCAAGGCCCUAUCGGAGUCAAUAGUCCGGAGAGAGCAGAGCAAACUCGAAGCUGCAGAGAUGGAACAAGAAUUCGUCGAUACGUGCUACUUUCCUGUUCAUAAGAUGCUUCCUCCUAUCGUGGAGAAAGCUAUUGCGCUAGAUAAGAACCUUUUCCACGAAGGCCUUCUGAAGCUUUCCAACCGAAUAGAUGAACGAUUCUACACUACGACCUUGACUUUUACUCAUGACCUCUGCGAGGUAAUCAAUGUCGGGAUCAACACUGAACCUAAGCCUCAGUCUGAGUCACAACAGAAAACUGGUCUUAUCGUCCCAACCGUGUCCAAGUCUGACUUUUCUGAUUUUCGAGAUCGGAAGAAGCUGGGUAAAAGAAUUCUUAAGUCGAUUCAACCACAGCUGGAGACGGCACUUCGUCUCGAGUCAGAAGCAGCCCACAAGUCAUUUGAAACGAUGCGACAAGAACUAGAGUCCAUGAUGGAAGCUAGCCUAGAAUUACGGCAGCAAUUCCUUAAUCAGGGCAGCGGGGAAUCUGAGCGAAGUAGAGAUGUUAUCAUGGUUGAUUCGUCGGCCCCAGAGAUCACUGUUGGCGGCGAAGCGGACGGUCCUGCUGCCAUUGGGGAAACCUCGGGGGAUGUGCCUAUGACUGGAAUGAGUAUUGCAGGUGGUAAUGGCAAUAUCGAAGUCAACACAUCUGGCUUGGAUGGAGACGAGAUGGAUGGCGUUGAAUCGACCACCAAAACCUUGUCUUUUCGAGAAGCGCCAGUAACCGAAAGCAAACCAGAAGCACUGUCAGUUGAUGGCGCACAAGCGAUAGACACUCCACCAGCGACAAAUGGUUAUGUGGGCGCAGCGCCUUCAUUGCAACCCGCGCCUCCUACACCUCCUCAAUCCAACGGGAGUUUAGGACACCAACCCACCGAUCCGCUCACUGAUGGCGGAGUUGUGUGGUAUCUACAUGACUUCGAACCCGAGGGCACCUCCGCUAUUCAGGAGCAGUGGCAGGGAAGAGAUGCUGUCCGCAGCCUUAGCGAGGAGCUCUCCGAGAUUGAUGAAGAUGAGCUGAAGGGCCUCGGCGUCGAGAUCAACGAGGAUAGUAUCACGGCAUCUCCGGCAAACACCACCGAGACGGCAGAGCCAGCCCCUACCGGAAUCGUCAGUCCUACGAAGAAGACGACGACUAAAGCAAGGAAACGUAAGGCGCCUGCUAGAAGACGGUAAUGCGGAGGGCUCUUAAUAAUGUAUUCAUAAAUCGUACUCUAAUUCGCACUUUCUGACUUUUUUUUUAAUCCUCCCAUAUACUGUACUUACAGACUCAAGAACCGGCUCAGGCCGGGUUCGCUCAAGUUUAUUCUAUCGGCUAUUGUUUUUUACGCAGCACAAUUCACGAGACGGGUUCUAGGGAGGUCGAAUGGCUAUAUACUUCGGAGUUAGAAGGAGUCGGCGCGACUUUUCACCAGACUUGCAAGUCUUGUUAAUUGAGAGGCUAUUUGCUAGGUAUGAAAGGCGUAAGGGAAACGGUCGGGUUAUCGGUGUGCGUGCGUGCGUAUGGUCACUCUUAUCUGAGGUUCUUCCGGGCUCGUCGCUUAGUUCAUUACGGCGGCUUUUACUAUGUGUGUUGUGAGAGGAGCCCUUCUAAGAGACUUAGUUCAAGUUCCUAGAUUCUUAACAAUCGGUUCCUUAUUCA